AUGUUCUAUAUAUAGCCUUUGGUACCCUUAUCAAUCUUUCCAAACCAAAUACAUCUCUGUUUCCUUCGAAAUCUUACUCUUUCAUUCAUUCUUAAUCAAUUCAUAUGGCUCAGACCACACCCCAUAGCCUUCUUUUAGCCGGAAAAAAGAGAGCUGCUGGCCAAGAUGACUUCGACGGUGGUGAUGAUUUUAUUGUUUCCAAGAAAUCAAUGUUGUCACCUGGACUUGCUUACGGUGAGGAUCCUGCCGCCGCAUUAGCAGCCUCACGACACGAGUUUGGUGAGCACGGCGGUGUUAACAUGUCCAUCGAAGCAUCUGCCACCUUCACUGUCAUGGAGCCUGAAACCAUGCGUCGUAUGUUUACCGGCGAACUUGGGCCUGAUCGUGACUUCUUUAUUUACAGCCGUCACUUUAAUCCUACUGUGUUGAAUCUUGGCCGUCAGAUGGCUGCCCUUGAAGGCACCGAGGCUGCUUAUUGCACCGCUAGCGGUAUGUCUGCGAUAUCAUCGGUGUUGUUACAGAUUUGCAGCAGUGGAGGACACGUGGUGGCUUCUAGGACAUUGUAUGGAGGGACACAUGCAUUACUAAGUCAUUUCUUACCAAAAGCAUGCAACAUAACGACAACGUUUGUUGAUAUUGGAGAUAUCGAGAUGGUGAAAGACGCCAUUGUUGAAGGGAAGACUAAGGUUUUGUUCUUUGAGUCUAUUUCUAACCCUACACUUGCAGUUGCCAACGUCCCUGAACUCAGUAGGGUUGCUCAUGACAAAGGUGUGCCUGUCGUUGUCGACAAUACUUUUGCUCCGAUGGUCCUUUCUCCGGCACGGUUAGGUGCUGACGUUGUUGUCCAUAGCAUCACCAAAUUUAUUAGCGGAGGAGCUGACAUCAUUGCAGGUGCUGUUUGUGGCUCAGCAAGCCUAGUGAACUCAAUGAUGGAUCUGCACCAAGGGACUCUGAUGCUUCUCGGGCCGACAAUGAAUCCCAAGGUUGCCUUUGAUUUAUCUGGAAGAAUUCCUCACUUGGGGCUAAGAAUGAAAGAACACUGCCACAGAGCAAUGGUUUACGCUACGAGAAUGAAAAAACUUGGGCUUAAAGUCAUAUACCCAGGCCUCGAAGACCAUCCAGAUCACCUGCUUUUGAAGUCCAUGGGCAAUAAGGAAUAUGGGUUCGGUGCACUUCUUUGCCUUGACAUGGAAACAGAGGAAAAGGCUAACCGGUUGAUGAACCACUUGCAGAACUACACCCAGUUUGGGUUUAUGGCGGUUAGCCUGGGGUACUAUGAGACGUUGAUGUCGGUGUCUGGGAGUAGUACCAGCAGUGAAAUGAAUGCUGAGGAGAAGGAACUUGCUGGGAUUUCACCUGGUUUGAUCAGGAUGUCGGUUGGGUAUUUGGGUACUUUGGAGCAGAAAUGGGCUCAGUUUGAGAAGGCCCUUUCAAGAAUGCAAGACUCUGGAUUCGUCUUUAACAAAUAAUCAACUUUUAUGUGUAUAUGCAAACUCUUGCAAUGCCAAUUCUUGUUGCUGUUGCAGUAAUAAAUUUACUAGCAAUAUCUUGUUUACUUUUAA